UCUACCGGGGAAGGCGAUCCUGAUCUAGCACGGCUUCUACGACGCCUACCCCGGGGAAACCAAAGACAGCUCGCCCGCCGCCAGAUUCUCCAUGGGCGACGCCGUCUCCAUGAGCGUGGUCAUCCCCUGGCCCGGGCGGGCAGCGACGAGGGAGAAUUGCUACGACGACGGCGGCUACGAGGACGGUGGUUGGAGGAUGGGCGGAGUCGGAGAUUGGGGAAAGAGGAGAGUGGCGAAGCAGGGUUUUCAUCCGUCCAAAUUUCAAUUUUUAUUAUAUUUUGUUAA